AGUUAAGGCAGUGAGCUGUUACCUCACCAGCUAGGCAACAUGUAAAAGAGGGCUCUCUGAGAAGUGUGACCAUGCAGACAUCUUCUUCGCAUAGUAGUCAAUCGCAUUGAAGUCGACCCAUAUUGUCUGUUUGUUGCUUCCCACACGACUUCCACUACCUUAUCAGCCAAGAACUCUACGCAGAGAAACGUCUAAAGAAUUCAAGAAAUCAUCAUGGCUACGAACAUCACCUGGCAUGCCUCCCUGUCUCGCCAAGAGCGAAAUGAGCUCCGCGGUCAGAAGGGCUUCACCAUCUGGUUGACAGGUCUGUCGGCUUCGGGCAAGUCGACAGUCGCGACUGCUCUUGAACAGCACCUUAUCCAUCUCGGGCUUGCUGCCUACCGUCUGGACGGCGACAAUGUGCGCUUUGGCCUGAAUAAAGACUUGGGGUUUUCGGAAAAGGACCGCAACGAGAACAUUCGUAGGAUUGCUGAGGUUGCAAAGCUGUUUGCGGAUUCCUCUACCAUUGCGAUUACCUCCUUUAUUUCUCCGUAUCGCGCCGAUCGCGACACCGCACGCGAGCUGCACGCCCAGGCCAGCCAGGGCGAGGGUCAUGCCAUCCCUUUCAUCGAAGUAUUUGUUGACGUUCCUCUCGAGGUCGCCGAGCAGCGGGACCCCAAGGGUCUAUACAAGAAGGCUCGUGCUGGCGAGAUCAAGGAAUUCACCGGCAUCACCGCACCCUAUGAGGAGCCACUGAACCCCGAGAUUCGUAUCCAUACUGAUAAGUCCUCUGUCGAGGAAUGCGUCAGCGAGAUUACGCAGUGGUUGAGCUCCAAAGGUCUAAUCGCUACGAAGCAGCCGGAGGCUUGAAGUCUUUGCCAGCUUUGUUCGCCUCAGCCCCCUCAUCUCGUUUGGUGUUAUAAUCAUCGCAAAGGUUGCCGCACCGCAUGGACUAGCAAAUUGUUUUGCGCCAAGUACAAACGGAUUGAACGGCAUAGGAAGUCGACGGACGUCGAUAAUUGAUAUAUUCAUCUUCAAUACAAUGCCAGGUCACUAGUGUGUAGAACAAGAGAGCAGCCAGCAUAAGCCGCUUGAUCAUUGCUUGAUGCGGCCGUCUCAAGGCAGCUCAAACUCGUAGUAGACGUAAGCCGUAUACUCAGUGCCGUCGGCACCUCCAACGCCGGCAGCAGCCAUCUCAGAUGACAGUGCUGCAUCGUCUUUGGUCACCCUGCCACGCUUAUCUCUUC